AUGGACAAAUAUUGUUUUAGGCCCUGGUACAUUACAGUUUUGAACUGACCCUCUGACUGAUAACUUCCAUGAAUUCUACGACAACAGAUGAUAUGCACUGUUCCUUUAAAUUGUGGCGGGCUGCCCUGUGGUUGCUGCUCAGGAAACCCCGUACUGGCUUUCUGAGGGGACCCAAGAUGGCUGAAAACUCACAGUGGGGCUAGUGUUUAUUCAAGUAAGAUGCUGCAACCCUUGCUAAAACAGAGGUAGUAUAUGAAAUAUAGUGAUCCGGAAAUAUAAACGAAUACAUCGGUUCGACUCAUUAUAUCUUGAAAUGUUUAUAUGUUGAUGAGGAGACAGGCUGGUCCCCCCGCGGCCCAUAGCCAGAACAUGGCGGAACACUUGGACAAAAUAUAGCAAGCUAGCUAGCCUGCUAGCUUAUUAUGAAAACAUUACUCUAAAUGCGACUUUGUCUACACAUAAAAGGGCCGAAGGUGUUCCGAUUGGGGAACUAGCGCUAUCGGAUUGUUGUUUUGUUUUUUUGAACACGACUGGACAUUACAUAUUUUUAAAUGUGAAACGCUGACAGAUAGCUCAUUAGCUAACUUGCUAUGCUAGUUAGCUAGCAGGCUAUAACGUUAACGUUAUUGGUGGCAGCUGCAGCAAACUGAAGUGAAAGGGCAUCUGAAUUUUUUCCUUGUCGCACUCCGAAUGUGUCCAGUCUGCAACGUUUACUGACUAUAAUUAACAACACCCAAGAUAUCUAUGGCAAAUGGUGACUAGCGAUUGUGCGGGUGUAGUCAUAAAAAAGGUUUAUCUUAAUUGAAGGAGAAUGCUUCCGAAAGUGCCACAAGACAGCCACCACUGUACUAACCAGCAACAGUAGCUAACCUUAACUAUUGUCACUGCGAGACAUAAGUUACGGUGCUACUAGCUAGCACACUUGGCUCACUGGUGUGUAAACAUUUAUUUUGAUAAGUGUUGCAAUAUUAACACCUCUGACUUGCCACGAUCACAUCAUCUGGCUUUGUUCCUUCUCCAAACAGCUCAGUUUCACCACUGUAACAACACAGGUGACUUAAAGUGGUCUGCUGGUCAGUUAACAUUAGCUAGCUAAGGAACGUUAGCUUCUUUGAAGGGAAACUUAUUGGUAAGGACACCUAAGUGGCGCCGGGGAAGGAAAGUGUGGUCGAGUUAACUUCACCACCGGUGAAGUGACCCCAGGUGUAAUAUUGGAAACAGCCAGACCGCCUGCAAGGAUGACAGACACACGGCGGCGGGUAAAAGUGUACACCCUCAACGAGGACAGACAGUGGGACGACCGGGGCACGGGGCACGUUUCCUCGGGCUACGUCGAGAGGCUGAAAGGCAUGUCUCUGCUGGUGCGCGCCGAAAGCGAUGGAUCACUACUGCUGGAGUCCAAAAUCAACCCAAACACAGCCUACCAGAAACAGCAGGACACAUUGAUUGUCUGGUCGGAAGCUGAGAACUAUGACUUGGCGCUCAGUUUUCAGGAGAAGGCUGGGUGUGAUGAGAUCUGGGAGAAAAUAUGCCAGGUCCAGGGCAAAGACCCGUCGGUGGAUAUCACACAGGAGCUGAUCGACGAGUCGGAGGAGGAGCGCUUUGACGACAUGUCGUCUCCGGGCCUGGAGCUCCCGCCGUGCGAGCUCUCGCGUCUGGAGGAGGUGGCGGAGCUGGUGGCGUCGUCGCUGCCGUCGCCGCUGCGCCGGGAGAAGCUGGCGCUAGCGCUGGAGAACGAGGGCUACAUCCGCAAGCUGCUGGAGCUCUUCCGGCAGUGCGAGGAGCAGGGCAACCGCGAGGCGUUGCACCAACUCUACGACGUGGUCAAGGGCAUCUUCCUGCUCAACCGCACGGCGCUCUUUGAGGUCAUGUUCUCCGAGGAGUGCAUCAUGGACGUGAUUGGCUGCCUGGAGUUUGACCCGGCACUGCCGCAGCCGCGACGCCACCGCGAGUUCCUCACCGGCACGGCACGCUUCAAGGAGGUCAUCCCCAUCUCGGACCCCGAGCUGCGGCAGAAGAUCCACCAGACGUUCCGCGUGCAGUACAUCCAGGACAUGGUGCUUCCCACGCCGUCAGUGUUCGAGGAGAACAUGCUCUCCACUCUGCACUCGUUCAUCUUCUUCAACAAGGUGGAGAUUGUGGGCAUGCUGCAGGACGAUGAGAAGUUCCUGACGGAGCUCUUUGCUCAGCUAACGGACGAGGCCACCGACGACGACAAGCGGCACGAGCUGGUGAACUUCCUCAAGGAGUUCUGCGCAUUCUCUCAGACGCUGCAGCCUCAGAACCGAGACGCCUUUUUCAAGACACUCUCAAACAUGGGCAUCCUCCCCGCAUUGGAGGUCAUACUGGGUAUGGAUGACGCACUAGUGAGGAGUGCGGCGACGGACAUCUUCUCGUACCUCGUGGAGUAUAACCCCUCUAUGGUACGAGAGUUUGUCAUGCAGGAGUGCCAACAGAACGAUGACGAUAUCUUGCUGAUCAACCUGAUCAUUGAGCACAUGAUCUGUGACACAGACCCAGAGCUAGGGGGCGCUGUGCAGCUAAUGGGGCUACUAAGGACACUGGUGGACCCUGAGAACAUGAUGGCUACUGCCAAUAAAACGGAGAAGACGGAGUUUCUGAGUUUCUUCUAUAAGCACUGCAUGCACGUGCUCUCCGCUCCCUUACUGGCCAAUACCACUGAAGACAAACCCAGCAAAGAUGACUUUCAGACGUGCCAGCUGCUGGCUCUGAUAGUGGAGCUGCUGACGUUCUGCGUGGAACAUCAUACGUACCACAUCAAGAACUACAUCAUCAACAAGGACAUACUGCGCCGAGUGCUCGUCCUCAUGGCCUCGCAACACGCAUUCCUUGCUCUCUGUGCGCUAAGGUUUAUGCGUAAGAUCAUUGGGCUGAAGGAUGAGUUCUAUAAUCGCUAUAUCAUGAGGAACUUCCUGUUUGAGCCUGUCGUCAAGGCGUUCCUUAACAACGGCACACGCUACAACCUCAUGAACUCCGCUAUCAUCGAGAUGUUUGAGUACGUCCGAGUGGAGGAUGUGAAGUCUUUAACAGCUCAUAUCAUUGAGAGUUACUGGAAGGCCCUGGAGGAUGUGGACUAUGUGCAGACCUUCAAGGGCCUCAAGCUGCGCUUCGAGCAGCAGAGAGAGAGACAAGACAAUCCCAAACUCGACAGCAUGCGCUCCAUCCUGCGUAACCACCGUUUCCGGCGGGACGCGCGGACGCUUGAGGACGAGGAGGAGAUGUGGUUCAACACGGACGAGGACGAGCUGGAGGACGGGGAGGCCGUGGUGCCGCCCUCUGACAAGAGCAAGAGCGAGCAGGACCUCAUGGAGCCCAUCAGCAAGUUCAUGGAAAGAAAGAAACUUAAAGACCCAGAGGAGAAGGAGGUGUUGGGCAAGUCCAGUCUGUCGGGGAGGCAGAGCCCCAGCUUCAAGCUGUCCUUCUCCAGCUCGCCCAAAGGCUCCAGCCUCUCCUCGUCCUCGUCUUCAUCCUCGCCCUCGCCCACCUCCCACCCCGGCUCGCCAGGAUCUCCCGGUUCGCCAGGGUCGCCGGGCACAACCGCCCGCAGCUCCUCGCCCGCCGCCACCGCCGCAACCACCACCACCACCACAGUCACCACCAAGGGUACCCUGGUGGGGUUGGUGGACUACCCCGAUGACGACGAGGAUGAGGACGACGAUGAAGAUGACUCCGACAGCAAAGAGGAGAGUCCGCCCCUGUCGAAGAAGUCAAAGCUGGGCUAGUAGAGUGCCCCCCCCUCGCCCCACCUCCCAAUUUUCCACCCCCCCUCGCUCUCCUCAUUGCCACGGCAACAUGCCUCUCCCCCUCACGGGGGAGGGGGUCGCCUGCCGAUGGACUAUUUUGUUGAACUUUGUAGAACUAAAAAUAAACAGACAAACUGAUUUAAGGAGACAAAAAAAAAAAAGAAAACGGGAAUGAAUGAGAGAACGAAUGCAGAGGUCCCUCCCAUGGGAGGAAGCGAAGGGAACGGAGAGAGAAUGAGAGAAAGAGUGAGUGAGAGAGAGAGAGAGCGAGAGAGAGAGAGAGAGAGAAAUGAGGGAGUAAGCACGGAGGACAAAAAAAAACUAAAGACAUGAAAAGCAAAAGGAAAAACCUCCUCGUGGAUGUUGCAUGAGGAACCUCCAUGUUCAAGUGCCAAUUGGAGACGGGAGUGAGGGACUGGCGUGUGAAAGAGUGAUGGAGAGAAAGGAGAGAGAGAGAGAGCGAGCGAGAAAGAGAGCUGAAGACUGUUGCUGUGGUUGAAUGAGAGAAUUUUUUUUUUUUUUUAAGAUUUAAUGACUUUAAAAAAAGACCUGAAAACCAACAAAGCUAAAGUACUCUUGGGGGAGAAAAAAAGACACACACACACACACACACACACACGCAGGCAUGCAAUUAAGUGUGCACGUACACACUGGCACACACACACACACAAACACACACACACACACACACACACUCUCUGACGCAGAGACUGGUGCCCCACGUGACGUGCAGGGCUCGGACCAGAACCACACACACUGCCCCCCGUCUCAGGGAAGGAGAACGCAGUGACCCGAAGUGGGCCAGCCAAUCCAGAACCAGAACCAGAACCACCACUCCCCUUCAGUGACUCCUCUAUUUCUUUCUCUCUUUCCUCUACUCACACUCUUUUUUUUUUUUUUUCCUUCCUGUUUGUUUCAUUACUUUUGGUUUUGUUCUUAUGUUCUUUUUGUUUUUCUUUUUUUUAAAUGUUUAGUUUUUAAUACCAGACGGGAGACUGGAAAACACAGAAAAGGUGUUAUGGUUGUCGUCGCUUGUUGAUGAUGUCAUUGUGGCUCUCUAUCUCUCUUUUUUUAUUUUUUUUCUCACUCUUUAGUGGUUCUUCCUCUGUUUUCAAUGCCAGCAGUGUCCCUAGUCUGUUUCUCUCUCUCUCUCUCUUUUUCUCUCUCUCUCUCUCCCCCUCGUUUUUUAAAUCAUCAUAAAGAGGCCUGCCUUCUGGAGUUCAGGUUGUUUUCAGUCACACUUGAUCUGGUUUUAAAAACCUCCCUUCGAGGAGACAGAGAGAAAGAGAGAGAGAGAGAGAGUUAAGCCCUCUACUCUAAUUUUUUUUGUUUUGCCCUUUGAAACUGCAGAUUUUUUGGGAAAAUUUGUAACCCUUCCCCCUUCUCCUCCCCCUGUUUUGAUUAAAGAUUGAGUGGAAUUCUAGAUGUGAUGGAUUUAUUGUCAUAUCUUAUGUUGUUUUCCCUCUCUCUCUCUCUUUUUUUUUUUUUUCUUUUACAUGAGUGUAAAAGUUAGUUGUGCGGUAUAUUUGGGACCAUUAAAAAGAUCUUUUUGCUGUAA